UAAUAUAACUUAGCUCAAAAGCUAAGCAUACAACACAGUGACAAUAAAAAGAGACUUUAUCUUUCUACUACCACUAUUAGAACCAAAGUGGCCAUAAAUUUUUUUAAUUUUUCCUUUACACGUUUCAUCAAACGGUCAACAUUUCUUAUCACACUCGUUAUAAAUACCCUUCUUCUCUCCUUUCUCAAACCUCCUAGAAGUAGAAGCACUGGGUAAAGGUUAAGUUUCCGUUAUUACAAAAACACAAAACAAUAUCAGAAAAUAAAAAUAAAAAGAAAAUGAAAAUGAAUUUUCUAUCACUGAAACUGGCUCUAAUCUCUACUGGAGUUUUAUCAACGGCGGUGGCGUUGAAGCUCACGGUACCAAUUGUUUCACACUUCAUCCUCAACGAAGCUCCAACCAUAUGGUCCUUUACCCUCACAUGCUUCACACCGCCUUACCUCUAUCUCCUCCUCAACCUCAUCAUCCUCACCAUCGUUGUCACCUCCAAAUUUCAUAAUCAACACCACCAUUCCCCGCCGGAGCCUCUUCCUUUCGCCGCCUCCUUUGACGGAACACCUUCUCCGGUUCAGAUCCCUGCGCCGGUACCAGUCGAGAUCUCAGAAAUCAUACCGCUUAUUAACUACAAUGGCUUCGUUUCAGAUACCGAUGAAACAGUUGCGGUAGGUAACGAAUCUAACGAUCCUAUUGUUUACCUCGCCGAGGAAAAUACUCCGGCGAAAACGACGGUUAUCGAAGCCGAUGACUCUGUUCUCGUUCCAAGCUUGCCGAAGAACUCGUCUGAAUUUGUGUUUAACGAUGAGAACGAGAAACCUCCGGUUUCUUCAAGGUUCAGGAAAGCCGUUAGAUCAAGUCCUGAAGGAGGGAAGGUGAAUUCGUUGAGAGUGACGAAGACGAAGAAGCAAGACACGUUGGAGAACACAUGGAAGACGAUAACGGAAGGGAGAGCGAUGCCGUUAAAUAGGCAUUUGAAAAAGUCGGACACGUUCGAAUCACAACCACGCCGUAGCGGCGUGCCGUUAGCUGAUUUGAACGGUGGAGUAGGAGGAGGUGGCGGUGUUCCGGUGAUGAAGAAAUCGGAGACGUUCGGUGGAAGGGAGAAGAGUGUUUCUCCGGGAUCCGGUGGGAAGAUGAGGAAAGAAUCAUCGCUGAGUCAGGACGAGUUGAAUCGGCGAGUUGAAGCGUUCAUUAACAAGUUUAACGCGGAGAUGAGGUUGCAGAGGCAGGAAUCGCUGAGACAGUAUCGGGAAAUGGUGAAUGGUAGAACUUGCUGACGUGGUAGAUGUAAUCCAACGGUCAUAUUUUGGGGAAAAUGUAAAUUCAAUGGUAGAAUUUGCUGACGUGGCAGAUAUAAUCCAACGGUCAUAUUUUUUUGGGGAAAAUGCAACUUCAAUAGUAAAAUUUGCUGACGGGCAGAUAUACCAGUAUAAUCCAAAGGUUCAUUUAUUUCUAGUGAACAAUGUUUUUUUUUCAUGUUGAGUUGGUUUUCUUGGGAGAAAAAAAAGAAACAUAUAUAAGGUUUUGUUAUGUUUUGGGGAUAUUAUUCAAUUUUCUUCAAUUGGAUUUUUUGUUCUUUAUUGUGUUUAUAGAAUGCUUUGCUUGAAAUCAAAAUAAAUGAUGAAGGGGAAGUAUUUGGUGUUUGAA